AUGGUUGGCCCCAAUCUUGCCCUUCUCUCCCUCUCCGGCGCCGCCGUUGCAGCAGCGCAGUCCUUCCAAUCCACGCCCGUCCUUGGCUGGAACUCCUACAACCAGGUUGCCUGCAGCCCAAAUAAUGACGGCAUCACCAAAGCCAUCAAUGCGCUCGCUGACCGCGGCUUCGUCGCUGCAGGCUACAAUUACUUCCAAGUCGACUGUGGCUGGGCCUCGCGCGACGGCCAACGCAAUGCUUCCACCGGAGCGUUGGAGAUCAAUGCGAGUGCGUUCCCGAACGGACUCAAGCCGUUGAGCGAUCUUGCGCGGAGCAAGGGUAUGAAGUGGACUAUGUAUUCCGAUGCUGGCGUGAGAAUGUGCGAUACUCAGGUGCCGAGUCCGGUGUUAGGGACGCUGGGGCAUGAAGCUGUUGAUGCGGAUUUCUUCAAGAGUCUGAACACAGAGUAUGUCAAGUACGACAACUGCUAUGUCGAUGGACCAAAUACCAACCAAAACGCACCCAAAGACCCGAGAACCGAUUUUGCGUCUCGCUUUGGAGUGAUGUGGAAGGAGUUGCAGCGCGUGGAUAUUCCGGGCAUGCUGAUCUGCCAGUGGGGUACUCCGUUCUCUACUUCAGGAGGCCUGCAAGGCCCCAAAGACUGGACCAAGGGUAUCUCGACAUCGUUCCGUCUGUCAGAUGACAUUGCUCAGGGCUGGGGAAAUGUCUACCGUAUCUACAACCAGGCUGUUCACAUCGCUGCAUCUGGUGUUAUUGGACCCGGCCAUAUCGCCGAUGCCGAUCUGCUUGAGGUUGGUAACCAGGGCAUGACUUUCGACGAGCAAGCUACGCAUUUCGCGGCCUGGGCUAUGCUGAAGUCUGCUCUCAUGAUCUCUACCGACGUAGCGGCCUUGUCUAACGAUGCCGUUAAAGUCUUGCAGAACAAGGAUUUGCUCGCCAUCAACCAGGACUCGGCCGUCAAACCCAUCACACUGAAACAACGCUGGACCUCUGACCGCGAUCUGUGGAGCGGCGAUUUGGCCAAUGGCGAUGCGGCCGUCCUAGUCGUAGAUCUCAGCAACGCGCGCCGCACUCUAACCGUCCAGCUCGCUUCACUCGGUAUCCAGUCUGCAACCAUCAAAGACCUAUGGUCUGGCACAACCACCCAAAAUGCCGCCUCGUUCUCCAAGCAAGUAAACGCCCGCGGCUCGCUCGCUCUGCGCUUGUCCAACAUCAAGCGCACCUCUACCACGACCAAGUACAGCUACAUCUCCGCAUCCACCGGCUCCCUGGCUGCCGGCGCAAAUCUCCAGUCCUGCUCGGGCUGCACCUCGACCAACAAAGUCGGCAACCUCGGCGGCCCCUCCAACGGCGCGCUCACCCUGAGCAACAUCCGCACCAGCCAGGCUACCCAGGCAGUGCACUUCGACUACAUCAACGGCGAAGUCGGCUACCUGGGCGGCAGCAACAACGAGCGGCUAGCGUCCAUCAGCGUGAACGGCGGUGCGGCCAAAACAGUCAGCUUCCCGCUCACGGGAUAUAACUGGGACAAGGACGUGCUGAAGAGCUACGCAGUGGAGCUGUCUGGCUUCAGCACAACAGGAACGAACAGCAUUGUGAUUAAGGGGGUUGGGAGCGCUUACGCACCGGACGUCGAUAGGGUGGGUGUUGUUGCAUAG